GAAUAAUUCUUUUCCUUAAUCUUCCCUUCCCUUUACUUAAAAACACUCUCUCUCAGACAGAAAGAAACACAGAGACGACGACGCACGCAUUUAAAUAUCCGGAAGAGGAUUUCCCCCCUUCGUCUUUUUUUUCUUUGAACGCAGAUUGGUCCCUUCGAGGAGGACCAUGUGAGUAGAGCUUGUUUAAUUUGAAGAAAAAGUGAUGAGUAGAGAGCAGAGGAGAGGGAACCAAGAGAAAGGCGGCUCAGACGUUGCUGUGAAGGUUGUUGUUGCAGUUAAAGCCUCCAAGGAGAUUCCCAAGACUGCUUUGGUCUGGGCUUUGACUCACGUUGUGCAACCUGGAGAUUGCAUUACUCUGCUGGUGGUUGUGCCUUCACAGAGUCCAGGCCGAAGAUUAUGGGGAUUCCCAAGAUUUGCUGGUGACUGUGCCAAUGGUCACCGGAAGUCUCAUCUGGGAGCAACCUCAGAUCAGAAGUUUGACCUUACAGAUUCCUGCUCCCAGAUGAUCCUUCAGCUUCAUGAUGUUUAUGAUCCAAACAAAAUCAAUGUGAAGAUAAAAAUUGUAUCUGGCUCACCUUGUGGGGCAGUCUCUGCAGAAGCCAAGAAGGCACAAGCCAACUGGGUUGUAUUAGACAAACAGCUGAGGCACGAGGAAAAACGCUGCAUGGAAGAGCUGCAAUGCAACAUAGUGGUUAUGAAAAAGUCCCAGGCAAAAGUCCUCCGCUUGAAUCUUGUUGGAUCAUCAAAGGAACCUGAAGUUGUGGGCUCACCACCUUCCAAGCUAGAUGAAGCAUCUGAGAAGCAUUCCAAAAAUAAAAAUGAUUCUCCAGGCUCCAUUCGAGGACCAGUGGUUACUCCAACAAGUAGUCCAGAGGCUGGAACACCAUUUACUGUGACUGAGGCAGGUACUUCAUCAGUCUCAAGUGAUCCAGGAACUUCACCAUUUUUUAUCUCAGAAACAAAUGGAGAACUCAAGAAAGAGGAACCACUAGUCAUUGUGGAAAAUAGGGAUCUUGAUGAAUCUAGUUCGGACACAGACAGUGAACAUUUAUCUUCAGUUUCAAGUUUACGGUUUGAACCAUGGGUAGGAGAGUUGCUUAGUUCUCACAUUCAUUCCUCAAGACACAUAGAAGAUGGCUCUCAGAGAAGUAAUAGUUUGGCUCAAACUUCAACAACUAUAGCUUUGCUAGAGAAGUUCUCAAAACUUGAUCAACAAACAGGAAUUGGAAAGUCAAACUACAGGACCGAUCUAGACUUGAGUGGAAACAUGAGAGAGGCAAUCUCAUUAUCCAGAAAUGCGCCUCUUGGCCCCCCUCCUUUGUGUUCAAUAUGCCAACAUAAGGCACCUGUAUUUGGGAAGCCCCCAAGGUGGUUUAGCUAUGCUGAGUUGGAGCUUGCUACUGGAGGAUUUUCACAAGCCAAUUUCUUGGCAGAGGGUGGGUUUGGAUCUGUUCACAGAGGUGUAUUGCCAGAUGGCCAGGCAGUUGCCGUCAAGCAACACAAAUUGGCUAGUUCACAGGGGGAUAUUGAAUUUUGCUCAGAGGUGGAAGUCCUUAGCUGUGCUCAGCAUCGAAAUGUUGUUAUGCUCAUUGGCUUUUGUAUUGAGGACAGAAGGAGGUUGCUAGUUUAUGAAUAUAUAUGCAAUGGGUCACUAGAUUCUCAUCUCUAUGGACGUCAUAGGGAGCCAUUAGAAUGGUCUGCACGACAAAAGAUUGCAGCAGGAGCUGCUCGAGGGUUACGUUAUCUUCAUGAAGAAUGCAGAGUAGGUUGCAUUGUCCAUCGAGAUAUGCGGCCUAACAAUAUUCUCAUAACCCAUGAUUUUGAACCACUGGUUGGAGAUUUUGGCCUAGCAAGGUGGCAGCCUGAUGGCGAAACUGGUGUUGAAACAAGAGUGAUUGGAACAUUUGGGUAUUUGGCUCCAGAGUAUGCUCAAAGCGGUCAAAUCACAGAAAAAGCUGAUGUUUAUUCCUUUGGAGUUGUUUUGGUUGAGCUUGUUACCGGCCGAAAAGCAGUGGACCUCAACCGGCCAAAGGGCCAGCAGUGUCUCACGGAAUGGGCACGUCCUCUAUUGGAAGAAUUUGCCAUAGAUGAACUGAUUGAUCCACAGCUUGGCAAUCACUAUUCAGAGCAGGAGGUUUACUGCAUGCUCCAUGCAGCAUCGUUAUGCAUACGACGGGAUCCUCAUUCCAGGCCUCGAAUGUCUCAGGUUCUCCGCAUGCUAGAAGGUGACAUGCUUGUGGACACAAAUUACAUGGCAACACCUGGGUAUGAUGUGGGAAACCGGAGUGGAAGGAUUUACAUAGAGCAGCAGCAGCAGCCACCACAACAUUGUGGUGGUCCCCUACCAACAAAUGAGGCACUGGAAGGAUUCAGUGGGAAGCUAUCCUUUUGACACCCUAAAGCCAAUUUUCGAGGAAAGGGACAAGGCCAGGAGGAUUUCAUGCCGAGAUUCGUAAAGAGCUAGCCCGUAAUGAACAACAUAUACGUAAGGGGUGCCAAAUAUGUGGCUGGUCCAUUUGCAUUUUGUAAUUUUUUUUUUUUGCCUUUAGUGUUUUGUUCAAAGCCAUCUUCAUUUUGCUUUGUAUAGUGGAAAGGGAGUAGGGGUAGCAAUGUUUGGGAAAUUUUAUGAUGUAGAUGGAGUAACUUGUUGAAUUUUAUUAGUUAUUUUUCUAAAUCUAUUUUAAAGAAAUGAUAGAUACACAAAGGAAAGAGAAAAUUAAAUUCAGGACCUAGAAAAAAACAAAGAAUAUCUUCACCCAACUUUUCUUUCUUUGUGUGUAUUUAUUUCUUUGAGAUGGAUCGAGAAAAGUAACUAAUAGCAUUCUGUUAGUUAUUCUGAAUAUUAUUAUAAAAUUUCCCACAAUAUUUUGUAUUUGGUAAAUGAUUGAAAUUGAUAUUAAAUAGCAAUGACGCAUGAGCACUAGUGAACACGCUAUGCUUGAAGCAAUGAAGCAGCUCUUAAGAA